UCUCCAGCUUUCGUUUGGGCCUCACAUAAUGCCAAAUUAUGCAAUUGCCUGCUGUUGGCAGUGGAAGUGAGAAUACAAAAUUAAAACAUUCCGUGUAAUGAGCAAGCGAUAAACUGUUUAGCUGUUCCCACUGGGUCCCGAACUGUUCCCUGCGUCAGUCAGCAACAUGUGGGCGCUGUGACGUGCAUUCGGAUGAGGCUUAUUCCCCUGUUUAUACACCAGCUCAUUGAUAUGCCCUGCAGGGCCUAGGAAAAUCACCAGUACUUUGUGUUAAACUAGCAGAAAAAUCACCGGAAUAUGCAUUAAUCUUCGGAACUGCACUGGAUUGACUGAUUUAGUGAUUGACUCAUGCGAUGACAAUGGAGGAUCGCAACCGCAUCUGGACCACCGGCAACAUCAAUCAUGGCUUCUUCGGGGACAAUCUGCAGCAGCAGCAACUGCCACUUCAGAGAUUGCAGACACCGGGUAACCUCAGCCUUCUUUCGGCACCGAUUCGGGCCAAUGGCAGUGGCAAUGGCAAUGGAAACGCCACUGCCAAUGGAAAUGGAAAUGGACAUGGACCGAGUUCUGCCACGGAGAGUGCAAAUGGGAAACAGCUGCCCUAUGAGCCCAUAUCGCCCAAUCUAAUUGGCAUUCAAUCCAAGUUUCGUAGAAGUUAUUACCACAAAGUGGUUCUAGGUGGACUCCUGGCUCUAGUAAUCAUUCUGCUGAUAGCAAUCAUAGUCGUAAGCCUAGGCCUUAAGAAAUCCAGCUCUAUUUGCCGGAGCAAGGAGUGCAUCCGCACAGCGGCCAGCCUCAUCUAUGCGAUGGACGAGCAGACUGAUCCCUGUGAGGACUUCUACCAAUUCACCUGCGGCAGGUGGGCCAACGAACAUCCGCGUCCGGAUUCGGUGACCUCGAACGAUUGGUUCCGGGAGCGUCAGGCGCACAUAAUGCGCGUGGUGCGGGAGUUCCUCCGCUCGAAUAUCACCAAAUCCGAGCCAGAAGCUGUGGGCAAGGCCAAGACGAUGUAUAAAGCAUGUAUGGAUACGAAGCUACUGGACUCGAGGGAUUUGGAGCCACUAGUUGGUUACCUACUCCGCUUCGGAUUGCCCGUCCUGCCAUCCGCCUUGAAUCUCACCCUGGGAAGUGGUUCCAAAUAUGCCACGGAGGCGGCCAAUAUCAGCUACAACUGGCUGCAGUCCAUUGUGGCCAUCAAACAACACCUCAGCAUGGAUCUCAUCAUAGGGUUCGAUGUCUUUCCGGAUCCAUUUAAUCGAACCAUCAAUCGUAUUGCCCUGGGAACUCCAGAGACUGACUCUGCAUUUCCCUUCAACAACGAUGACUCCCACAAGUUGCUUCGUAAGAUCCAUAGGAAGACCAUUUUCAUGCAAAAUAGCGAUGACGAGGAUGACAGUGAGGAGGAUAGUGAAAGCGAGGAGGAGGAGGCAGCCAAGCAAACCAGCACAGGAAUGACGGCCUAUCUUCAUUAUGUUCGUAAGGUCAUCGAAAAGUAUCUGCUCUAUGUGGAUCCUAAUGUAAACCAGGAGGAGGCCACCCUGGGCAUCACCGAGCUCGUCAAACAGGGCGUUAAAGUAGCCAGGAAGGUGCAUCAGUUAAAAGAGGAGGCUGAGAACAUGACAAAGCCCUCGAAAAACCCGGCUGAUGACAUUAUCUACAUAUCCCUGAUGGAUCUGCAAAAUCAAACCGACAAAAAUAUAGCCCCAAAGACACUGCCCAUUUGGGUUCGCUAUAUGGAACUGAUCCUAAAGGGAACCCGUCAUGCGGGGAAUGUUAAAAUGACCCGGAAUUUGACCAUUAUAACCAGUCAAGCGGACAUCAUGUACUUGCAGCACUUGGUGGAGUAUCUGGAGGAGACCCCAGCCUCCCAUAUCGAAUCCUAUCUGUUUCUUAGUACCAUCGAAGAGCUGGUCCUACACACAUCCAGCUCGAUGAGGUUGCUCCACUCGGAAUACAUGAGGGUGGCUAUUGGAACGGAGGGAAGCACCCCGAGAUCCCUCUACUGCGCCAAUGGAGUCAACAGUUUGUUUGGGAUGGCAGUUAGUUACGUCCUGGCGGAUGAGGAAUUCACCAGAGAUAAGCUACCAAAAGUAGAGCGGAUGCUAAGCGAUAUAAGACGCUCAUUCGAUCGCUUAGUUAAGUCCACCUCUUGGAUGGAUGCGGCCACCAAGAGAAAAACCAUCCAAAAGUCAGCUGAGAUGAAGAGCUUCAUUGGUUUUCCCUCCUGGCUACGAAAUGCCACCGUAUUAAAUGAGUAUUACGAGGGGGCGGAGGUGAAUGUCAGCACCCACCUGGAGAACCUCAUGGACUUUGUCCACUGGCAGAUGAUGGACAAACUGAACGAAAUGGAUAAGCCGGAGCCCAUUGGAUGGGCAACAUCGCCUUCGAAUGUGAAUGCAUUUCACACCUUUCAAUCGAAUGCAAUCACUGUGCCCAUUGCCAUAUUGCAAUACCCGUUUUACGACCUUGGUCUAGAGGCGCUCAAUUAUGGCUCGAUUGGUACCAUCCUGGGCCACGAACUCACCCACGGCUUCGACGACAGCGGGAGGCGGUUCGACCGGGCAGGAAACAUGGUAGAGUGGUGGUCCAACAAGACCAUCGAGGAGUAUGUCAAUCGCACCGAGUGCUUUGUGGAGCAGUAUAGCCGCUAUCACCUGGCGGACAUUGAUGAAUAUAUCGAUGGCGAACUGACGCUGGGCGAGAACAUCGCGGACAACGGAGGAAUGCGUGAGGCCUUCUACGCAUACCGUCUCUAUACGAAGGAAGUGGGCCGCGAGAAGUCCAAGUUGCCCGGAUUGGAGCACUAUUCCCACGAGCAGCUCUUCUUCAUAUCGUUUGGAAAUCUGUGGUGCGAGACUUACACGCCGGCUGCAUCGCGGUACGCCCUCAGUGAUUCCCAUUGCCCGGGACAGAUGCGAUUACGAGGAGUUCUCUCGAACUCGGAGGAAUUCGCAAAGACCUUCAAGUGCGCCAGAGGAACUGCCAUGAAUCCCAACCAGCCCAAGUGCAGGAUUUGGUAAAGGAGAUGUGCUCAAGAAACCAGCUAUUGAAAACAGGAACAGUCAAGUGAUUUUUCUACCCAUUUGUACUUAAGUUAGCCAUAGAAUUAGAUCAAUUAUACAGGUGUCUUUUGCACGGCUAUAGAUGGCGGUGCAAUAAAUAUUAAUGGUAAUCCCUUCUCGAUCGAAACCCUCCGAGCUCUCAGCUCAAAUAUAGGCUACGUUUCAAGUGUAACAGCUAAGAUAUUAAAAUUAACAUUGCAUAAUU